ACUCGCAUUGAGAAGCGCAGCACUGAACGCAUCUAGCACGAUAGAAUUUGAACGGCGUUGUUCUUCAUAAAAGUGGAGUUUAUUCCUCUGAAAUUAAUUUUAAUGUCAUGUUACAAGUGGGAAAUGUGCAGACGUGAAAAGAGGAGGCGAUUACGGUUCAGCACUCUGGACAGCGCACGCAAGUUGCUCCUGACGGAAGUUAUUUGGUCUCUGCUGAAUAAAUCGCCGCGUUAAACCGACGAAGAAUCAUGCAACUCGUCACAUAUUUAUCAAUAACAGGGGCAAAUACCCCGAAAGUGGACUUUUAAAGUGAGAAAUGGACUUUGCGGAAAUCCUAUUUGCUUUGUUUAUCGUCGUGGUCACGAUCGUUUCUCUGCUGUCGAACUUGCUGGUGUUGCUAUGUUUCAUCCACAGCGGCGAAAUACGCCGACAGGUGCCAGGUGUGUUCACCAUGAAUUUAUCGUUUUGCAACAUACUCAUUUCCGUCCUGAACAUGCCGUCCACUUUAGUGGGGAUUGUAAAAAACCAGCAGCCGUUCGGGGACUGCCUCUGUCGCACGGUCAGCUUUCUGGAGACCUUUCUGACAGCCAACAGCAUGCUGAGCAUGGCAGCGCUCAGUAUAGACCGCUGGAUCGCCGUGGUUUUCCCGCUGAGUUACUCCAGCAAAAUGCGCUACCGGGACGCGCUGGUCAUGGUGUGUUAUUCGUGGCUCCACUCGUUCACGUUCUCCCUCAUCCCGCUGCUUUUCUCCUGGUUUGACUACAGUCCCGUUUACGCAUCCUGCACGUUGCAUUUGGACGGGGAGAGCUCGCGGAUUAAGUUCACCGUGUUUACAAUCGUCUUUCACGCCACCAGCUUCAUGCUCUCCCUCCUGAUUUUGUGCGUUACAUACUUAAAGGUGUUAAAAGUUGCACGCUUUCACUGCAAGAGGAUCGACAUUAUAACCAUGCAGACCCUCUUCUUGCUGGUAGAUAUUCACCCAAGUGUAAAGCAACGCUGUCUCGCGGAGCAAAAGAGGAGAAAACAGCGUGCAACUAAGAAAAUCAGCAUUUUCAUUGGAUCUUUCAUCAUCUGUUUUGCUCCUUAUGUUAUCACAAGGUUGGCUGAGCUUCUUCCCCUUGUGGAUAUUAACCGACACUGGGGUAUUGUCAGUAAGUGUUUAACAUACAGUAAGGCAGCUUCAGAUCCCUUCGCAUACUGCCUCCUGAGGCAGCAGUACAAGAAGGUCAUGGUAACAGUAGCCAAUCGGCUGCUUAAGCGUGAUUUGUACCCCUCCUCUGGACACAGCAGCUCUAUGGACACAGAGAAUGACUACAGUCUUCAAAGGAUUAGCUAAAGACACAAUUGCACAAGCCGGAACAUCUCAAUGCCUUGAUUUCAAAAGUGUGUGAGAAAAAACGUAUAAUUGUGCGUGUGUGUGUUUGUGUGUGGGAGAGAGAGAGAGAGAGAGAGAAAGAAUGAGAUGGAGAAACACAGGAUUGUGUGCCGCUGUUGGGGAUGGUACUGAAACAGUGAUGGGCCACUCUAAUGUAACCUGAGUGUGGUGAUAAAAAGCAGCUCAGUACAGAAUAUAAACAUAUUCACACAGACACACUAAUUCUGGGUCACAUCUUGGUAUGACAUCAUGGUGCACUUUAUACUGUGGUACAGUAUAUACUUUAAUUCUAGUGUGUCCCCAGCUAAAACAAUUCAAUCAAAAAGAUUAAAAAGUGUAUUAUUUUCUGGGAAUUUUGUCAUGGGACUGAGAUUUUGAGAAUCUACAAAAUGCCAAUUCAUACCAGUUUACUUAGAUAAGUGUAUAUUUUUGAUGUGCCAUUAGAGUUGACUCUCUUGUGAAAUGACUUUCUACUACCAAGCCUAUUGGUCACUGGACAGUGAUGCACUUUGUUAUCUUAGUAUUUGAUAUUAGUGACAGAAAAGCCAAAGUUGAACAUCUCCUGAUAUCAGAGCUUUUAUUGUAACUGAAUGUACUAGAUUCAUGUAACAGCUGUUCAUAGCGCUACAUUGUAUUUUUGGUGGAAUGUAGCGAGCACUUUCUAAAGGUGAAUUUGUUAGAUUCUUGAUGUAGCUACUUUGCACAGCACAAUGAAUUUAUAGUGUAUUUAUUUAUUAAAUAUUUUCAGUGAAGCAGUGGUGGGGUUUAUGGUGUAUCAGAGUUCAAACUACUUAAG